UAUAACCAUUUCAACUCCAUCUUCCACUCUCAUCUAUCCUUCCACAACAUUUCAAAAACUCCAAUUCCUUAAACAGCAAUGGCAGCGCAAUCUGAAGUUGCAUCUGCUUUAAAUCAUAUCAAACAGCAUUUACUCGGUGAUCUUCUUUCACCUGUUGCUGCUGCUACCUCAUCUUCUACUUCUAAUUUACACCUAUCCUCUACCUCUCAAUCCGACUCUAAUUGCUCUUCCGCCAUUGACUCUGUCAUCCCCAUUAAUAUUAUCGAUGAUGAUUUUUUCGAAUUUGAAGCUAAACCUCAGAUAAUCAGUCUUGCUACUUCAAAUUCAAGCGACUCAUCCACCAGUUUUGAAUUUAACUCUAAGCCUUCACUUCUCGAAUUCGAAUCAAAACCUCAAUUCGUUCCUCAAUCGAGUAACGAAAACUUCUUCGGCUUCGAAUCAACCAUCCGUAACAAUUUAUUCCAUUUCGAAACAAAGCCUAAGAUUAAUAGAAAGCCAUCACUUCAAAUCUCGCUACCUAAAAAGACCGAAUGGAUUCAAUUUGGUAAACCGAAUCAGCAACCGGCAAUUCAAAGCAAUGACGAAGAGAAAAAGCAUUACAGAGGAGUGCGACAAAGACCGUGGGGUAAAUAUGCAGCGGAGAUCCGCGACCCUAAUCGGAAAGGAACUCGGUUGUGGCUCGGGACUUUUGACACGGCUAUUGAAGCUGCCAAAGCAUAUGAUCGGGCCGCGUUUAAGCUGCGUGGCUCCAGAGCUAUUUUAAACUUUCCUUUGGAAGCUGGAAAGUGCAGUACACGCCCUGACGACGGAAGCGAAAGGAAACGAAUGAGAGAGAGUGAGGUUGAGGAGAGAGAAGUGAAGAAGGUUGUGAAAAUUGAGCAAGUUGAAACGGAGACGGAUCUUGCGUUGACACCGUCGAGUUGGACGGCGUUGAAUGAGAUUUUUAAUGUUUCGCCGUUGUCUCCCUUAUCUCCUCAUCCUCCCUUAGGAUAUCCUCAGCUUAUGGUUUUAUGACCAGCUGCUGCUUUUGUUCAUUUUUUUUUCUUUUUUUCAUUCUUGAAUUUGAUCUUUCGAGCUUGUACAGUAAUGGUAUUAAAAUUUCGGAUCCAGUUUUCUUUCUCUGCCCAAUGUACUUUUUCAUGCAUUUACCAGAAAUAAACCUAAAACAAUUUAGAUAA